CCUCGGUGUCCUCUGCAGCCAUGGAGUGUACGUAGGGGGCGCGUUACGAGGCUCCUGAAGACGUAAUCGUGUGUUCAUCCUGGAUAUCCCCCGUUCGAGCUCCUUCCGGGGCUUCAUAUCAACAUAAUAUCCCGUCACGUGACCUUCAGAUAAAACCCAGCACUGGAAGCAUCGCCCUCUCUUCUGACCACCUUCGACCGCCACCAUGGACCGAUCGGGGCUGUCGGCGCAGUUCCCCGGCUUCCCGCGCCUCCAUAACAUGACGUGGCUCACCGACGAGGACCUGGACGAUGACGAGGCGUCGGAGAUAGCGAAGUGCGUGACGAGGAUGUCCCGCGGCAUGACCACUUUCAUCGCCGUCCUCUUCAUCGGCUACCUGGUUCUCGGCCUCACGGGGAACUUCCUGACGAUCCUGGCGCUGCUUCGAUGUCCCAGAGUGCGGAACGUGACGGCGGCCUUCAUUAUCAGUCUGUGCGUGGCCGACUUCCUCUUCUGCGUGCUGGUGCUGCCCUGGGAGGUGUCUCGUUUUCUCGCCCGGGAGUGGAUCUGGGGCGAGGGCUGGAUCUGCACCGUCUUCCCGCUGCUCAGGUACUGGAAUGUGGCCGUGAGUCUCCUGUCCAUCGCUAUGAUCACGAUAAACAGGUACAUCAUGAUCGCCCACUUCAGCGUCUACAAGAUUGUCUACCGCAAGGGAUGGAUUGCCCUCAUGAUCGCCUUCUGCUGGACCUUCGCCUUCGUUAUGCUUCUUCCCACGCUGCUCGGGAAGUGGGGAAGGUUUGGCUUCGACAGUCGCCUUCAGACUUGCUCCAUCAUCGACGACAAGAACAAGUCGCCCAAGCAGGUGCUCUUCGGCCUCGGCUUCUGCGUUCCGGCCAUCAUCAUCAUCAUCUGCUACUCCCUCAUCUUCUACGUCAUCCACAAGUCUGAGAAGCGCAUGCGUGAACACAGCUCCCGCGGCGUGAAUGGGACCCACCAUGGCCCUUCCCUGCAGCCCCAGCCUCGCAUUACUGGCAAGAUUGAGAGGGAGGUGAGGCGUCGCAGGAACGAAUGGCGUAUCACGAAAAUGGUUCUGAUCAUCUUCAUCGCCUUUGUGGUCACCUAUCUGCCCAUCACGCUGGUCAAAAGCCUGGACAAGAAAGUGGAGUACCCGGGUCUCCACGUGCUGGGCUAUGUGCUAAUCUACGUGUCAUCCUGCAUCAACCCAGUCAUCUACGUCAUCAUGAACCGCCAGUACCGCCAGGCCUACAAGACGGUGCUCCUGUGCAAGCGCCCGCGUCUCCCUUCCCUCACCUCCUCCCACACCGACACGGACAAGACCGCCCACUGCUCCAGAUCGCGGGAAAGGACGCGGGAAAGCGGUGGUGGAGGAGCUGAAUGACAAGACCAUGAUGUCGCAAGUCUCGCUGUCGGAGGCCGGGGCCAUGCCGGAGUGCCACGAGCUGCCGGAGGUCUUCGUCGACAAAUGAGGUGCCGCGGGAGUUCGUUGAGGCCGCUGCUGCUGUCACGGUUGGGCGAACGACUCUGCGCAAUGGUUGAAGGGUCGGUCCGCCGCGCCUCACCGCCAACACCAGGGAACAGAGAACGUCGCCUUUGCCCUCGUUGGUGAUAAAGACAUGUCCGCGGAGGGUCUUGGAGGCUGUACUUAUGCGUGAGGACGAGACAAGAAGUGGGGCCAGUGCAUUCACGUGGAGGAAGUGCGAAAUGCGGCUUCCAGUGUACAUAAUGAGUGUGUUGCAUCGAGGACUCUGCAGAUACUUUUAUUUUUACCGCAUAGUUAACUUUAUUCCAUUAUCCUAUAGUUUACAUGAGGUGCAGGAGACGGUAGGGAGGUUGAAGGGAAAGUCCACAACCUACACCUCAGAAUGGACUUUUUUUUUAUAAGGACAGUUGAUGUUAUUCGUGGGAGAGUUUAUCGAAGGCGUAGAAUGAUGAUACUUGAUGGUUUUGUUUGCGAGACGCCAUCUGAGCGCUCGAAAUCAACCAGUGACGGUGAGACCAGACACCAUCACGUGGGACCAGACCAAACCAAGACCAAAGACCAACGCGACCGAGCAGUGAGACCAAACUUAACUAUGACCAAGCUCUGUGGAUGGUUGUUGUUGUUGUCAUCUGUGAAGUUUAGCGAGGAAUGACAUCACUGACGGGCGGGGUGAGAGUGUGUUCACCUUGUAUCGUCAUGUAUCAGCUGGGUGAGUGCCUACGUGUGUGGAGCCUCGCUGGACUUCUCGGAGACUGAUCCUGUGUUCUGCGGAAGGAGGAGGAGGAGGAAAAGGAAGAGAAGGAGGAGGACGGAGCUGGUUUUGUUGUGUAUACAUAACUUCAAAUGUUAACGUGUUAUAAUCAUUCCUUAAUUUUAAUGCGUGUGUGUGUGCGUGUGUGUGUGUGUGUGUGUGUGUGUGAGAGAGAGAGAGAGAGAGAGAGAGAGAGAGAGAGAGAGAGAGAGAGAGAGAGAGAGAGAGAGAGAGAGAGAGAGAGAGAGAGAGAGAGAGAGAGAGAGAGAGAGCAGUUUUCUUUGUGAAGCUGGUUGUUAUCAUGCAGGAACUUGUUUUCUUGAUAACACGUAUUUUAUCAAACAUCUUUUAAGUAUUUUCUUGUUUUGUCCUUUUGUCUCUUUUGACUUAUGUAUAUAUAUUUUUUUCUAGUUUCCACGGUGCUACUUUUCCAUGUUCAUACAUUGUAAAUUGUGUUGUCUAAGUCUAAUAUUAUAUAAUGCAAAUAAUAUUUUUAUAAACUAGAGAUUGUAAGGUGUCACAGUGGGCGAUACGUUGCACGAUUCUCAAACCACGAUUUCCGCUAGCGUGGUUCUCAUUUGUUUCUUGUUAUUGCUGAUGAUGAUGAUGGUGAGUAAUACCGUCGUCCUUCAGUGAAAUCUACCGUAGCUUUGGAAGAUCGUGGACACGUCAGAAAACCACGGAAAUAUGAGAACCACGCCAGCGGAAAUCGUGGUUUGACUGAAGAUCCACGGAAAAGUUGCCCAGUGUAAUAGCCCCUUAAGAAACUUUUGGCAUCAGGUACACAUUGAUAUCGCAUGUGUUGGUCUAAAACAUCAUGCAAGUAAAGUGACGUUCUCAGCAUGUUCGAAUGAUUGAUGGAUUAGUAUUGCCUAUGGCCUAAUGACCCUACAAUUCACGUCUGAUGUUUCAAUUGUCAUGUCUGCGUAAAAGCGUCAGGAAGCAAGUAGGCAUCAAGAACUAUGUGUGUCGUUCGCCAUGAUAGGUCGGGCAUCGUCACCUUCGCGUCUCGCAUACCAACACUCGAUUAGGACGUCCACACAAUCUCUCCUGAUGAACACCGCAUGGCUCCUCCGUUCGCCGCCAGAGGCCCUGACUGUUCGCGGCUUGAAGAGUUUGAGACCCGUAUUCUCAAACCUUUCGGAGCCCAAUUACACAUAUUUUACAAGGCUUUCGCAGGCGUUUCGUGCAUUUUUAGGGGUAGUUUAAUGGCCCUGGUGGUUGUUUAACUCCUCUUCUGUACCAUGAAUGUGAAAAAAUCCUCAUAAAGCCCGAUUAAUCUCCAUUUCGACCUUUGAAAAUAGUUGAUGUGCGAGGUGGAAGCGUCUGAGAAUACCGCCCUCAGUGAGUGAUUGAUGGAUUAUUCUUGCCUAUGGCCUAAUGACCCUACAGUUCACGGCUGAUGUUGCAAUUGUCAUGUCUGCGUAAAAGCGUCAGUAAACAGGUAGGUAUCAAGGUCUAUGCGUGUCGUUAGCCAUGGUACUUCGCGUCUCCCAUACCAACACUGUUAAUUAUUAAGACGUUCACACAAUCUCUCCUGAUGAACACCGCCUGGCUGACACUGCUCUCUGAAGCCCAUCCAGUACAAUAACACUCCCAACACUGUAAACCUGAUGAAUAUGCUAAACAAAAUAUAAUGUCUUCUGAAACAA